CUCGUUCACCUUCGGACUCCGACUGCUAGCGGCAGCCCUGCCCGCGCCGAGAGCCGACCCGCUGGGCUCCCAGCGUCGGACCCUUCACCUCGGUUCCUCCGGGCCGGACCGAGGCCGCAAGCAGCACCGCGGGGUGUGGGGCGGACCCAGGAGAUGAAAUGACAACGUCAACCCUUCAGAAAGCCAUCGAUCUGGUGACAAAAGCCACAGAAGAGGACAAAGCCAAGAACUACGAGGAGGCACUCCGGCUCUACCAGCAUGCUGUGGAGUACUUCCUGCAUGCCAUCAAAUAUGAAGCACAUAGUGACAAGGCCAAGGAGAGCAUUCGAGCAAAGUGCAUGCAGUACCUAGACCGAGCGGAGAAGCUGAAGGAUUAUUUACGAAACAAAGAGAAACAUGGCAAGAAGCCAGUCAAAGAGAAUCAGAGUGAAGGCAAAGGUAGUGACAGCGACAGCGAAGGGGAUAAUCCAGAGAAAAAGAAAUUACAAGAACAGUUGAUGGGUGCUGUUGUGAUGGAGAAGCCCAACAUACGGUGGAAUGACGUGGCUGGACUGGAGGGGGCUAAAGAGGCUCUCAAAGAAGCUGUGAUUUUGCCAAUUAAAUUCCCACACUUAUUCACAGGCAAGCGCACUCCUUGGCGAGGCAUACUGCUCUUUGGGCCCCCAGGCACAGGCAAGUCCUACCUGGCCAAAGCUGUGGCAACAGAAGCCAACAACUCCACCUUCUUCUCUGUGUCUUCCUCGGAUCUGAUGUCUAAGUGGUUGGGGGAAAGUGAGAAGCUAGUCAAGAACCUGUUUGAGUUGGCCAGGCAGCACAAGCCUUCCAUCAUCUUCAUUGAUGAGGUGGACUCCCUCUGCGGGUCACGGAAUGAAAAUGAGAGUGAGGCUGCCCGAAGGAUCAAGACGGAGUUCUUGGUCCAGAUGCAGGGAGUGGGGAAUAACAAUGAUGGGACUCUUGUUCUUGGUGCCACAAACAUCCCCUGGGUGUUGGAUUCAGCCAUUAGGAGGAGGUUUGAAAAGCGAAUUUAUAUCCCACUGCCAGAGGAAGCAGCCCGUGCCCAGAUGUUUCGGCUACAUCUGGGAAGCACACCUCACAACCUCACCGAUGCAAACAUCCAUGAGUUGGCCAGGAAGACAGAAGGCUACUCAGGAGCAGAUAUCAGCAUCAUCGUGCGGGACUCCCUCAUGCAGCCAGUCAGAAAAGUACAAUCAGCAACACACUUCAAGAAGGUUUGUGGCCCUUCCCGCACCAACCCUAGUGUUGUGAUUGAUGAUCUUCUGACCCCAUGCUCUCCAGGGGACCCAGGGGCCAUAGAGAUGACUUGGAUGGAUGUCCCUGGUGAUAAACUCUUAGAACCUGUGGUUUGCAUGUCGGACAUGCUCCGGUCUUUGGCCACUACCCGGCCCACAGUGAAUGCAGACGACCUCCUGAAAGUAAAGAAAUUCUCUGAGGACUUUGGACAGGAGAGUUAAAGCUUCAUGUUGAUAAUGAAAUUGGGAGUUUGACUGGAGCAAAUUCAUGGGACUUUCUACACCAGAGGCCAGGCAGGGCCUGAAGUCAAUAGUAUCCCCUCUGCUGCCUGGCUGCCAACCUAGUGGGAUGAAGGGCCUCUGCAGCAGAGAUGCUUCACCACGUAGGACACUGGACCUGCACACUUCACUCCUGGAUGCUCACAUCCCUUGCCCUGAUUUGUUUUUUGUUUUGUUUUUUU